CAAAUACGAAUUAACACAAGUAUUAUUCUUAAAAGCCCAGAAAUUGUUCCUUCGCAAAUUCAUUUGUUGUACGAGAAUACUCGAAAUGAAGAUGAUCGGAUUGAUUGGCAGUCUUGGCUCCAUUUGGCUAGUCUUGGCCAUCUCUGCAGUAGUAGCCCAACCAUCAUCCUCUCCCUCUCCUGUGCUUGACAGUGAGGGACGUCCUCUUGAACGUGGUGUAGAAUACUACAUCAAUCCUGCUAUUACUGACAAUGGCGGCCGUUUCACCUUGAUUAAUCGUAAUGACUCGUGCCCGUUUUACGUUGGCCAAGAGAAUGUUUCAGGCCCGGAAGGCUUCCCUGUUAUCUUCACACCUUUCGCUGAGGAAGAUACGGUGAUCAGGGAGAAUAGGGACUUGAGGAUUGUGUUCUCUGCGUCCACGAUCUGUGUGCAGUCAACUGCAUGGAAGCUUGGCGAGAGAGAUCCUGAGAGCCAAAGGAGAUUGAUUGUCACCGGAGAAGACCAAGGCAGGCUAAGUACCGGCAAUUACUUCCGACUAGUGAAAGCUGCCGUCGGAGACAAUAUCUACGAGAUUUCAUGGUGUCCUACCGAUGUUUGUCCCACGUGUAGGUUUAACUGUGGAACUGCUGGUGGUUUGGUUGAGAAUGGGAAGAGGUUGUUGGCCUUGGAUGGUAGCGUCCUUCCUGUUAUGUUUGAGAGGAACGCUUAAGUACUGCUCCUUAUCAACCGGAGGCUCUGUCCCUCUCGAUCGCUUGUGUAAUAUUAUUGAUCAGCACUGAAAUUAAUAUUCAAUAAAUGGAGCUAUAGCUGGCUCCUUGCAAUAAUAAAUAAAGCUUAGGCAUGUACGUUCUGUAACUUCUUUAAUUGGAAAGAGUAAUGCUACAUACA